GAGAGAGAGAGAGAGAGAGAGAGAAUCUCGAAAGGAUGGUAGGUGAGGGUUGGGUGGGGGGUUACAUCUCCCACCCUGAGGAUCGUAGAGAAGUAGGCAGGGAAGCAGACAACAGACAGGUAGACAGGUAAGCAAGCAAGCAAGCAAGCAGAGAGAGAGAAAGUGCUCGCAAGACGGUACCGCUCGUUAAUAAUUCGUUUAGUUUGCGUAGAAUCGCACAUCGGUUCGGAUCGCGAAUAUUUCUAACGUUCUCUCUCUCUCUCUCUCUCUCUCUCUCUACUUCUCUCUCUCUCUCUACUUCUCUCUCUCUCUUUCUCUUUCUCUCUCUCUCUCUCUCUAUAUCUAUCUAUCUAUCUCUCUGUCCCUUUCAUUUUCAGUGUGUGCGCGUGUGUUAUAAUAGUACAGUUCGCAUCGAUUUUUCCCGAAAGGAGGGAAGAAAAAAAAAGAAAUAAAAAAGGAAAAAAAAAGAAAAGAAAGAAGAACAGUGAACGUUCGAAAAAAUCACGUUAUUUCUUCCUCAAAAAAAAAAAAAAAAAAAAAAAAAGAAAAAACACGAAGAAAGAAACUCACUCAACCUUAUCGCGAACCCCCUUCUCCUCCUCCUCCCUGGCCCCUCCACCACCACCCUUUCCCCCUCACGUGCGUUUCUUCUCGUACCAAGUUAAUUUUAUUUGACUUGUUCGGACUCAAUUUUUAUUUUUCGUGAAAACGAAAACUCUCGUACUCGCGUACGAACGUACUACGCCAGUUGCAAUUAGUUUUAUAACGAGCCAAGAGGCAUUAGAAGUGUUUAAAAAGGAUUCGAGCUACAAAAAAAAUUUUUUUUCACACUUUCUUUCAAAAGUAUAUAUGUAUAUAAAUAUAUAUAUAUACAUAAUAUAUUAAUCGUGUGAGUAAUAUCGUUGAUGAUAAAGAACAUAUACAUCGAUGAAGGAUUUCUCAAAGGAUUAUAACGUACGAACGCUCUCGUGUUACGAAUCCUUUUAUUUUUUCGUGUAAUCCAUUUGCAUUAACUGUGGAUCAUCUCGAGAAAAAGGAAAAGAAAGGAGAAAAGAAAAUAAACAGGAAGAAGGAAAAAAGAAAGGAGACACUACUGUCACGGUCGAAGAUUAUAAGGAAAUAAGGAAAGGAUUAGCAGGAUCAAUGAUCGGAAGUUAAAGCAUUAGAUAAAAUCAUCGGAGCGUUAAUUAGUCGUGCAUUAGGCAGAGACGGCUUUGAAAGAAUUUCACAAAGAAAUCAUCGACAACAACGACGACGACGAUGACGAUGAUGAUGACGAUGACGAUGACGACGAUGACGACGAUGACGAUGACGACGACGACGAGGAUGGUGUGGUCGUAAGGCUACGAAUGAACGACGUGAAAGACCAAGAGAGAAAUAUACUUUCUAGAAGGUACAAAGGAAAAUGCAAGUGUUUGCCAAGUGCAUUCGCUAAAGUAUUGUCCAAUACCGUCUCCAUCUUCUCGCAACGUGGCGACAGUACCGCGGACGGCGGUGGUGGUAUAAUAAACCCAAAUUUCUCAAUGAACGUUAUUCAAAAUAACGCAGAGAGUAACAUAGAUCUAACAAUGGUCACAACUAAUCCAGUCUUGGCUACGCCAGGAUUAAAUAGUCCAGCAUGGAAUCGACAACAGGCUGUUAGCGUUAGACACGCUUUCAAAACUUAUGGCAGUAAUAAAAAUCCAAAUCACGUUAUACAAAAUCUCAGUAUGACGGUAGCCAAAGGAUCAAUAUACGGUCUCUUGGGUGCCAGUGGUUGUGGAAAAACAACAUUAUUAUCCUGCAUCGUCGGACAAAGACGUUUGAAUUCCGGAGAGAUUUGGGUUUUAGGUGGUAAACCGGGUACAAAAGGUUCCGGUGUACCCGGGAAAAGAGUUGGUUACAUGCCACAGGAGAUAGCCCUAUAUGGUGAAUUUACUAUACGCGAAACUAUGUUGUACUUCGGUUGGAUAUUCGGCAUGGACACCGCUGAAAUUGUCGAUAGGUUACGUUUUUUAUUACAAUUUUUGGAUUUGCCAUCGCAAAAUCGGCUUGUCAAAAAUCUCAGUGGUGGCCAACAAAGACGGGUAUCGUUCGCAGUGGCUCUCAUGCACGAUCCUGAACUUUUAAUACUCGACGAACCAACCGUGGGCGUUGAUCCGUUACUCAGACAAAGCAUUUGGAAUCAUCUAGUACAGAUAACCAAAGAUGGCAACAAGACAGUCAUCAUCACGACUCAUUAUAUCGAAGAGGCUCGACAAGCUCAUACGAUCGGAUUAAUGAGAAGUGGACGUUUAUUAGCCGAGGAAUCACCACGGGCACUUCUGACGAUGUACAAUUGUACAUCGCUCGAGGAUGUUUUUUUAAAACUAUCCAGGAGACAAGGUCAAUACGCCCAACCAACAACGGAAUUAAAUAUUUCGAACAAUAUUAGUUUGGCUUCUUUAAAUUGGGGAAAGAAGGAUGAACCAGUUUAUGUCACCGAAGAAUCUGGUGUGGUUGGUUUGAAUUUCUAUCAAAGCAAAGAAGUUCUCAUUCAUGAUUCGACGAAUGGAGUUGGCAAUCAUUAUGACCUCACGAACAAAUCAUUACACGGAAGUAAAGCAGACUCAACGCUGGAAUGUAGUAAUUUUACAGAUUGUUACAAUAUUACUAGCGUAGGAAAAAUAAGGGCCCUCUUGCAAAAGAAUUUCUUACGUAUGUGGAGAAAUAUCGGUGUUAUGUUGUUCAUCUUCGCAUUGCCAGUCAUGCAAGUGAUACUUUUCUGUUUGGCAAUUGGAAGGGAUCCAAUAGGUUUAAAAUUGGCUAUAGUUAACCACGAAGUUUUUUUCGAAAAUAUGACAUGCCCUGUCUCGGAAGGCUGUGAUUUCUCUUUACUGAGUUGUCGAUAUCUCAAAUUUCUCAAUAACGAUACAAUUAUAAAGAAUUAUUAUCCGGAUCCUGAGGCAGCACAAGACGCUGUACGAAAAGGUGAGGCAUGGGGGAUGCUAUAUUUCACAGAAAAUUUCACGGAUGCUUUAGUCGCACGAAUGGUACUUGGAAGGGAUGCUGAUGAUGAAACUCUCGAUCAAAGUGAGAUCAGAGUUUGGUUAGAUAUGUCCAAUCAACAAGUUGGCCUAAUGUUGAUGAGGGAUCUACAAUAUUCAUAUCGGGAUUUCGCCAAAGAUCUAUUGAUAGCGUGCAAAGAAAAUUCAAAGUUGGCUGACGUUCCGAUUCAAUUCAAGGAUCCGAUCUAUGGAUCGAACGAGCCAAGUUUCACGGAUUUCGUUGCACCCGGUGUUAUACUAACCAUCGUGUUUUUCCUGGCGGUUGCUUUAACCUCAUCUGCAUUGAUCAUCGAGAGAAUGGAAGGAUUGUUGGAUAGAAGUUGGGUAGCAGGAGUAACACCCGGUGAAAUACUUUUCUCCCACGUGGUAACCCAAUUUGUCGUUAUGUGCGGUCAAACGGCAUUGGUAUUAAUAUUCAUGAUAUUAGUUUUCCGAGUCGAAUGCAAAGGUGAAAUAGGAUGGGUGAUUAUAUUGACGAUACUUCAAGGUCUCUGUGGCAUGUGCUUCGGAUUCGUAAUUUCGGCAAUUUGCGAGCUCGAAAGAAACGCCAUCCAAUUGGCCCUGGGUAGUUUCUAUCCCACACUUCUUCUCAGUGGUGUGAUAUGGCCCAUAGAGGGUAUGCCAACAGUUUUACGAUAUGUCUCGCAAGGUUUACCCUUGACGAUGGCAACUACGGCACUUCGUUCUAUGCUGACUCGUGGUUGGAGUAUAUCAGAGCCAGAUGUGUACAAUGGUUUUAUAUCUACUAUCAUUUGGAUCGUAGUGUUCCUCACAAUAAGCAUGUUGGUCCUUAAGUUCAAGCAUAAAUAGAAAGAAAGAAAGAAAGAGAGAGAGAGAGAGAGAGAGAGAGAGAGAGAACGGUUACGUUAUAAUGAUAGAACAAAUUUUAGGAUAAGAGUGAAAGGUGGAGGGGGACAAGGUUGAAGAGAAAGAUGAAAAAAUAUUUUUUAUUGUAAAUUAAAAAUUAACUUCGUUCAUAUUCUUGUAACUGUAUCGAGGCGAUUAAGAAUGAGGGAAAAUGAAGAAAAGUAAUAGGGAAGAUCGAAGAAAAAACAAAUGAUAGUAUGAAUGAUAAAGUUUUUUUUUUCUAUUUUCUCUCUUUCUCUCUCUCUCUCUGUCUCUUUCUGUUCCCCCCCCCCUCUCUCUCUUUCCUUCUCCCUCUCCGACUCUUUCGUAAAUCAUCACUCCGAAAUGUGAUGAUUAAUGCGCAUAUGUGUAUAUAUGUGUUGCCAAAAUGAUUUUAAGUUUGAUAUGAUUGCGUGUAUGUAUGCGUGUGUGUCUGUGUGUACUCUUAAAUAAUAAAAAAAACGUGUACGUGUACGUGUGCGUACGUCUGUGCAUGUGUCUACUCUUGUGUGCGUGUAUUUGUAUUAUUUUUGGAUAAAUUCACUUAGGGAUUUAUUUUUUACUUAUUAACGUUUCUACAUAUUAUAUAUAUAUAUGUGUGUGUGUAUGUGUGUAUAUGUACGUUUGUAUGCUUAUAUAUAUAUUUCUUUUUUCAAUUUGUUUUUAGUCAUAUCUUAUAUACAUUCUCAGAGUAUAAUUAAUGCAUCUACGUUUACGGAUGCCCCGGUAAACUUGUUCGCAAGAAUAGAAGAAAAAUAGAUUAUAAGUAAAACGGAAAAAAAAAAAAACAAACCAAAAAAGAACAAAAAAAGAAGACAAGAACAAAAAUUUAGUUGAAUAUGUUGAUCAUAGAGAUUAUUAUUAUUAUUAUUAUUAUUAUUA